GAGAAAAAAAAAUUAAUAAAACCAUUAACAGAAGUCAAACAAUGGUGUUCUGUAUUUGCUAAGUCUGAAAAAUCAAACACCGUUUCUGCGAUGGAUCAAGAACAAGAGAGUUACAAAUCAAGACUGUUUCAUUUCAAGAACAUGAACGAAAACUCAGCUUCAAGACAUGUCAAAAGCUGGAGCUCAGAUUGCGCCAUGAGAAUGGAUGGUUCAGACACUUUUGAUGAUGACGACAAUGAGGCGAUGAUGUUCCGAAGUCAACCCGGGAAAGCCGGCAGCGUUGACCGGCCGUCUUUGCCUCUAAGCGGCGGCAUUACGCCCAACCGCAACGACAAGUUUGUCGCUACGAGAAUCCUUUCAUUGGAAUCCAUGGAGGCACAAUUACAAGCAGCAAUGGAGCAAAUGAAAGAGAAGUUUUCGAAAUUGCUUCUUGGAGAAGAUAUGUCAGGAGGAGGGAAAGGUGUUUCUUCGGCUUUGGCUUUAUCUAACGCCAUUACCAAUCUCGCAGCGUCUGCGUUUGGAGAACAGAGGCGUUUAGAACCGAUGGCGGCGGAUAGAAAAGCGCGGUGGAGAAGAGAAAUUGGAUGGCUUAUCUCCGUUGCUGAUCAUAUAGUUGAAUUCGCUCCGACGCAACAAACAAACAAAGAUGGAUCUUCAAUGGAAGUCAUGACAACAAGACAGAGAACGGAUCUCCUCUGUAACAUCCCUGCACUUAAGAAACUCGAUGCAAUGCUCCUCGAUUGUCUUGAUAAAUUCAAGGAUCAGAACGAGUUUUACUAUGUGAAAAAAGAUUCUCCUGAUUCUUCAGAGACAAGAAACGAUGAGAAAUGGUGGUUACCGGCGGUUAAAGUCCCACCUAACGGCCUCUCCGAGAUAUCAAGAAGGUUUUUACAAAGCCAGAAGGAAUGUGUGAAUCAAGUCCUUAAAGCUGCAAUGGCGAUAAACGCUCAAGUUCUCUCUGAAAUGGAGAUCCCUGAAAGCUACCUCGAAUCACUUCCUAAGAAUGGGAGAGCUAGUUUGGGAGAUGUGAUAUACAGAAUGAUAACAGUAGAGAUGUUUGAUGCAGAUCAGUUCCUAAUUGAAAUGGAUUUAUCAUCUGAGCACAAGAUUCUUGAUCUGAAGAACAGAAUCGAAGCAUCGAUUGUGAUAUGGAAGAGGAAAAUGGUGCAGAAGGACACAAAGUCUCCUUGGGGAUCAACAGUGAGUAUUGAGAAAAGGGAACAGUUUGAAGAAAGAGCUGAAACAAUCUUGCUUCUUUUGAAACAAGGGUUUCCCGGAAUCUCUCAAUCUGCGCUUGAUAUCAGCAAGAUUCAAUUCAACAGAGAUGUAGGACUUGCUAUAUUGGAGAGUUACUCAAGAGUUCUUGAGAGUUUGGCUCACACGGUGAUGUCGAAAAUAGAAGACGUGCUUUACGCUGAUCAGCUUACUCAAGAACCUACGAACGGAGCUUCUAAAAAUAGAUAUACAGUGAGAGAGGCCGAGAAGGAAAGAUCAAGUUUCUCAGAGGACAUGGCUUCAGGAACACUCUCUGAUGUUAUGCAAUGGGGUAACAAAAACAAUAAUGAGAUGAAGAAAGAAAGCUUUUUUGGAGAUAGAGAGAAACCAUUGUUGUCGAAAGUCACAGGUAUUAUGACAAACAACAAGAAGAGUUCUUAUCUUGACUCUCUUGGAACUAUGAGGAGUCCAACCGCAAGAUACUCCUGAAAAAGUUUAUUUUGUUCUUGUAAAAUUAGGUUUGCUUGUUGCAUUGCCCAUGAUUCAAAUGAAAAAAAAAGAAUAGCACCAUUGUGUUUGUAGCUGACGUGAAAUGCAAAUUUCAUAAUUGAUUCUCACAAUUUCAUCACUAGCUCGGAAAGCAAUUACACAACACAAUAUACAUAAAUCAUUAGAAGGGUUUCACAGAAUUGGGGAGAAAGUUUCUGACUUUCUUUGAAGGGAUUUUAGAAACCCUAAUUUAGAGCUUGCCGCGAGGACCGAGCUUAGGCUUCUCUUGAGGACCUCUCUUGAUGGGAAGAACAUCGCCGGUAGAAGAAGCACUGACAUAAGUAAGCAAAGAGCCUCCUCCAAGAAUCAAAAACUUGAGAAGCAAACCUCUCUUUGUGAAAGGAGCAGCAAAUGUCUCAAAGAACUUGCUCUGCAAUGGGUUAUAAGGAGAAGGAGCAUCAGAUCCAUACAAAUCCCAUUGUCCUGUUGUGUUACCCAAAUCUUCUAAAUCAAAGUAUACACUUUUGUCUCCGUACUUAGCCACCACAGCACCAGCUCUUGUGGAUUUGGGUUUGAAGCUUUGGCGAGAAGGUUUGAUGAAGAGCUUAGCUCCGGCGAGAGAGCUGCCUCCGAGUCCUUUCACGGCGGAGGAGGGUUGAACGGCGGCGAUGGUUGCAAAAGAUGCCAUGUUUCUCUCCUGUUGUUGUUGUUGUUGCCAAAGUCAGUGAGUGGAUUGUUUGUAAUUUGUAUAGCUGGAGAAUCUUCUUCACUCAUGGAUGGAUCUUG